GUGAAUGGUGUGACAUUACUCCAGGAAGAAGCUGGUCGGAAGCGAAGGGUUGGACGUGGGGAGCAUUCAUUGUCGGUAGCAGAAGGAGCUCUGCCGGUUGAAAAAUUCGAUCACCCGUUUUAGUUGAACGUACCUUUGAGAAAAAUGUUUGGCAUCAUUAAGCGAGAGUCUGUGACCUUGGACUUGGAAACAGCGUGUUGGAAACUCGAAGUGUCUGAGGAUCGGAAGAACGUGAGGUGGACCGGGACCCAGAGGAGUCUCUCCGACAACGUGAAGAGGUUUACAGUCUGGCCUUGUGUGCUGGGAUCGGAGGGAUUCACCUCGGGGAGACAUUACUGGGAGUCUCUGGCCAGGGAGGGAGAGAUCAGCCUGAGGCAGGUGACUGGUCUCUGGUCCGUGGAGCAAGAUGGCGACGAGUUUCGUGUGAACUCCUUGCCGAAAUCCCGUCUCCUCACCGAUCCCAUCCCAGAGAGGCUGGGAGUUUAUCUCAGUUACGAGGCAGGGACGGUCUCAUUUUACAGCGCGGACACCAAGUCCCAUCUCCACACCUUCAGUGGGAAUAAGUUCACCGGGAAACUGUACCCUUUCUUCUGGACUUGGGAUGAAAACCAGUGUCUGAGAAUCUGUUCCGGGUCCACUCUAGAUCUGUAAAUGUCUUUGGUCCCGGGUCCAAAGUCAGGAACAACUUCUAUUUCAAGGUUCCUUGUCACCUUAACAAUGAAUAUUUUUUGGGGGUCAAAUAUGGGGCAGAAACCCCAUUCACAACAGACCGACGCGAAACAAUUUACAUUUAACAACCAAAUCAUUAAUUGUAAAGCCACAAAGAACUUGGAAAUAGAACUGGUCAA